CGUACUUUCGUUUUGACAACUGGCGACAGAAAUGAUUCGAUGUACAACGUGAGUCUUAAUGUAGUUUUCAUGCAGAUUCGUUCAUACGACACAAAGACACAAUUUUGUUUUACGGAUCAUUUCGGCUUAGAGUACUGGAACACGCAACGCACGUGUCAGGUCGUACACAUAUAUACACCAAGUCCAAGGGAGGCGACUCUAACAGUAGCAAAAUGUCAACAGCAGCCACAUUGACAGAGGCUUUUCCACCUCUUAAAAAUGAUUUGAUUUUACGAGCAGCUCGCGGAGAAAGAACCGAAAGAGUCCCAGUAUGGCUAAUGAGACAGGCUGGAAGAUACCUUCCUGAAUAUGGAGAAUUCAAGGAAAAGCACAAUGUGGGAUUUUUUGACAUGGUGAAAACCCCAAGUAUGGCGUGUGAGAUUACAUUGCAGCCACUAAGACGGUUUAAUUUAGAUGCAGCUAUCAUAUUUUCCGACAUAUUAGUCAUCCCACAAGUGCUAGGAAUGGGUAUUGACAUUAUAGAAGGGAAGGGUAUGAUUUUUGACUUCUUGCUGCAAACCCCAGAGGACCUGAAGAAGCUAUGCCACGAUGCUGAUGUAGCGCGAGACCUCAGUUACGUGAUGGACGCCAUUACCAUGACCAGACAUGCCCUUAAUGGACAGUGCCCCCUGUUUGGUUUCUCCGGAGCUCCGUGGACCCUUAUGAAGUUCAUGGUGGACGGGGGGUCGAGCACGCCCCUACCCAAGGCUCGCAAGUGGCUGGUCACAUACCCGGAGGCGAGUAGGCAGCUGCUACAGCUCCUGUGUGAGAAGGUGGUAGACUAUCUGGUUGGACAGGUGAAGGCUGGUGCCCAGAUUCUCCAAGUGUUUGACUCGUGUGCUGGUGAAUUGGGCCCAGAUCAGUUCCAGGAAUUUGCCUUGCCAUACCUUAAAGACAUUGCAUAUCGAACCAAGGAAAAAUUGGCAGAAGCUCAAAUCGAGCCAGUACCAAUGGUGGUGUUUGCAAAAGAUGCCCACUUUGCCAUUGAUGACCUGUCCAACAGUGGGUAUGAUGUCGUAUCUCUGGACUGGACAAUAAAACCCACACAUGCAAGGCGAAUUGCGGGCAAAAAUGUGACAUUGCAGGGAAACAUGGAUCCAUGCAUGUUAUAUGCACCAGAGAAUGAGCUAAAGAAUGCAGUGAAGACGAUGCUGAAGCGGUUUGGUACCCAGCACUACAUCGCCAACCUGGGACACGGUGUACACAAGGACGUCAACCCUGACAACGUGGCAGUCUUUGUGGAUGCAGUACACAUGUACUCAGAGGAGAUGAACUCUUCCUCGUAGUAAUAUUAUCAUGAAAGCUUGUUAGGACUGUAUGUUGCUAUUGCAUUAACCCUUUGCAUGCUGGGAAAUUUGUCGUCUGCUAAAAUGUCGUCUGCUGAAUUUCUAAAAUUAGCUUUUUCUUCGAUUCUUUUCAAAGAAUACUAUCAGAAUAGCAAACAGUUUAGAUCCUGAUGAGACGCCACGUUCUGUGGCGCCUCAUCUGGAUCCAAACUGUUUGCAAAGGCCUUCACAAUUCGGUUCCAGCACCCAAAGGGUUAAAAGAUGGUCAGAUUUAUGUCAAUGUGGAAAUCAAAAUGUUGAGUGUAGAUCUGUGAAAACUUGCUUCAAUGCAUGUGGACAAAGUGUCGUAUCAGAUUAGCCUGUGCAGUCAACAAAGGCCUACCCUAUGAGGGACGACACUUUCCGUUUAAACUGGAUGUUGCUAAAAAGAGAUUUCUUAUGAUGGUAGAAUACCAUGAACCAGAAUACCAUGAACCAGAAUACCAUGAACCAAAAUACCAUGAACCAGAAUACCAUGAACCAAAAUACCAUGAACCAGGAAAGUGUUGUCCCUGAAUAGCCUGUGCAGUCCUUACAGGCAAAUCAAGGAUGACACUCUCUGCUUAAUCAUGAACUGUGCAGUCCUUACAGGCAAAUCAAGGAUGACACUCUCUGCUUAAUCAUGAAAUUUGGUAAGAAGAAAUUUCCAUUUAACAAGAAAUACAAUAAAAGUGGAAAAUAUCCCUGACUAGCCUGUGCAGAAUGCACAGGCUAAUCUGAAAUAACACUUUAUGCACAUGCAUUAAACCCUGUUUCCAAAUUAAACUCUUUUUCCUAAAGUGCUGCUGAAAUAUAUAUUUCUCUGGAGCACUCAUAGAAGUCCAUGGGACAAUUAGCUCAGCAUAAUCACUAGCCCCGUCGCCUGUAUUCUCACAGGCUUUCUUAGACAUAAAAAUAAAGAGUAGACUUUGAACCAAGAAAAAAUAUAUUCAGCUUUGGAAUAAACACAGACUACACAUGUUGGUUAUGUUACAAAAAUAUUGUUCUAAGUAUAGAAUUGUGUGAUAAGAGGUGUUAAAUUCCAUGUUAUAUUGAACUGAAGUAUGCUCUUACAAAAUAACAGUUUAAAGACAAUUCUUUAUUUUUAGACUUUAGUCUCAAAAUUAUUUGAUGAAUUCAGAGCACAUAGCUUUUUUAGCCUAAUGACUUGUUAUAAAGCACAUGAAAGAUUUUGUCUUUGUCUAAGUCACUGAAUUAUGCUAUUUUACCAAUUAUCAAGUGCCAAUAUAUUCUGUGAGUAUUUAAAUAUCAGUUUGUAUGGUUCAACUUUUCAUCAUUGUAUAAACUCAAAAUUUUGCUGACUUAUUGAUAACUGCUGCUUGACUUGGAUUGUCCAAAAUGUGCAUGUCCCUAUGACAUAUUCAAAAGUCCCUUUUGCAGUUACCAAAUAAUGUAACAGCAUUUUGUUAGUCAUCAUUUUCUAUGUUUUCAGAUUAAAAAUAAUAAAAAAAUUAUAUAUUGUUUGAACAUUUGAAAAAAAUAGUAUUUCUUACAUUUGUUUUUUCUUUUGAAUAGUUUUUUUAAUGCACAUUGCAUUUUUAACCAGGAUUUCCAAAGGAAAAAACUGGUUAUUAGAUUGGCAAAUGUUGGCGGGCGGGCGGUCUGGCGGAACAAGCUUGUCCGAGCCAUAACUUUGUUGUUCAUUGUGAGAUUUUAAAAUUAUUUCGCACAUUUUUUCACCAUCAUGGGACGAUGUGUCGCACAAAAGAAUUACGUCAAUAUCUCCAAGGUCAAGGUCGCCACGAAUAAAAGUAUAUUUAUUUUGAAACAAAGGGGGUUAAUUAUAAAAAAUCAGUUCAGCUUGAAUUGUCUCCCUUUAUCAGACUCUUAACAUUGAAAACCUGCUUUUGUGACAAUUUUGUCCCUUGUUAUUCAUUUUAUUCCAAUUAAGGUUUAACACAUUCCCAGCAAAAUCUGAAGCAUAAUGUUAUUAGUUUUUUCAUACAAAUUAUAAUGUGUAUAAGAAAAAUAAAUCACAGCUUAUUGUCUUACAGUAGGUUAUAUGUCAUAGAAAAGUCAAGGAAUAUACCGUGUUCUGCUAGUUAAUCUCUUAAGUAGCAUCAUUUUUUCACUGUUUUGAUGUACUAUUUAUCAAAACUGUAAUGAGUGCAUUCAUUUUUAGUAGCACUGACAUUUACAUAGGUAUUUGAAUCAGUUAAGGUUUCAUUAAACAAAUAAUCUCAUUGUUUUUUCAUAAAUGGAUAGAUCCUGAAAGAAAUACAUGUAACUAAACAUGAUUUUCUUUUAAAUUGAGUACAUGUAUACACAAUGAUUGAAAAUAUUGACAUAUUCUUGUAAUCAUGUUCUAUUUACUUUAAUUAUAUGCAUCAUUAUCAUGAUUUAUUGAACAGCUGAUAUGAAUCCUGCUUACUACAUUAAUCUCAUGGGGUUACUUCCCCUGCUUACUACAUUAAUCUCAUGGGGUUACUUCCAAUGGAUACGGAUCUUUUCAUUAUGGUAUGUUAUGGUCUGAAUAUGGCUAAUGUAACUUCAAAUGAAUCACUUGCACGCUUUUCAAAACAACAGAAUUGCAAACAUAAAGCACAAUUCAUGCACGUAUUAUUUGUGUUAAACAUUGUCAGUAAGUACUAAUAGUGUUUUUGUUUUAAAUUUAUUAGUAAAAUCUUGUCAGUUCAAUAUUAAAUAUAUGUUUUAUAAGUAAUAUCUGUUCUUAAACUUGGACAUAUUCUCGUAUAAUAUAACGUUAAUUUAGACAGAGAUAUUGAUCAUCCGUUCUCAAUGCUGAGUGUGUUUUUUUUCGUUCAAAUUUGGGUCUAGAAGUGGGACCCAUUCCAAAUUGAGGCCUACAAAUUCCUCAUGGAAGGUAAAAAAAAACAUUGUUUAAGUCUCAACAUUAAAUAAUCUUAAAUCCAGCUCUAUAAGUUGAACCUUUGUAAAUAUUAUAUUGUUAUCAUUUGUAUUCUCAAUUUUAGAGUAUUUGCUAGCAAAAAAUGAACAACACUAAUAUCCCAAUUUUAAUCAAAAUAAAGCGAUGUUUCCCAGCCCAAAGGGACUUCAGAUGGCCCCAUUCCAAAAUGGUGAAAAAACACACUGAUGCUGUCUAUCACCUAUUUGAGUGUGUUAUUAUUUAGGCAUGGUUCUCAUGUCUGAGUCUUGUGAUUACUUGUUAUUAUGUAUGGUGCUUGUUAGGUGUAUUGAUAUCAUGUUUGAGUUACGCAGAUAUGCGAGUUAUGUAUAUGGGCAGUGCUUUGUGAAAUGGGGAAAUAAUGCAUAUGCGUAAAGUGUCAUCCCAGAUUAGCUAGUGAAGUCCGCACAGGCUAAUAAGGGUCGGCACUUUACACUUUUAUUUUAUGUUAAAAGGAAGACCCUUCUUGAAGAAAAUCCAGCUAAGGCAGAAAGUGUUGUCCAUGUUUAUUAGCCUGUGCGGACUGCUUAUCUGGGAACACACAUGAACUAAACCCCUUUUUCACAGAGAGAGGUGCUUAUAUAUAUAUGCUUUUUGUGUAAAUUAUUCAAAAUAUCUCUUUAUAUUAAUUCAAUUUGAUUACAUACUUUUUAUAGAUAGGUAUAGACUAAUUCUAUUAUGAGGUGAUAUGAUAAAUAUUUAUUAUUCAGUCUUGUUUGUUUCAAAAAAUUAAAAGUAAACUAGGUGAACAAGAUGAUUUAGUACAAAACAGAUAUGGGCCUUGCUCUGUGAAAAAGGGGUUUAAUGCAUGUGCGUAUAGUGUCGUCCCAGAUUAACCCAAGCAGUCUGCACAGGCUAAUCUGGGACGACACUUUAUGCACAUGCAUUAAACCCAUUUUCACAGAGCAAGGCCCAUAUAUUUUCGGAAAUUUAACGAAUAGGUGAAAUGAUUAUGAUUGUGUUAUUGGUACCUUCUGUCAGAUCGUUAAUGUUUAUUUGUCUUAUUGUGUUGGUAAGAGCUUUACGCACAUGUGUAUGCUUUCAUUGCAAUGCAUUCCUUCUUAUUUUAUUGGUGAUUUACUUUCCAACUGUAGUUAUUUACUUUCCAACUGUGUAUGAUUAUGGAAGUGCUGAACAAAAAUUUGUUCUGGAUUAAAUUGUAUUCAACAUACCUACAUUUGAUACAGAUACUAGUCAAGUGCACUGUAUUUUGCUGAAACUUACAUUUCAGACUUCGGACUUUUUAUACGCCGUUUUAAAAAAUCGGACGUAUUAUAGUUUCACCAUGGCGGUGGGCGGGCAGGCGGCAUCCACAGCAGUGUCCGCUCUCUAAUUCAAAUAGUUUUCAUCCGAUCUUCACCAAACUUGGUCAGAAGUUUUAUCUAAACAAUAUCUAGGUCAAGUUUGAAUAUGGGUAAUGCCGGGUCAAAAACUAGGUCACAGGGUCACUUAGUGCAUUUCAAGCAUUUAGCAUGGGUGUCCGCUCUCUAAUUGAAGUAGUUUUUAUCAGAUCUUCACCAAACUUGGUCAGAAGUUGUAUCUGGACAAUAUCUAGGUCAAGUUCGAAUAUGGGUCAUGUCUGGUCAAAAACUAGGUCACGGGGUCACUUAGUGCAUUUCAAGCAUUUAGCAUGGUGUCUGCUCUGUAAUAGAAGUAGUUUUCAUCCGAUAAUCAUCAUACUUGGUCAGAAGUUGUAUCUUGACAAUAUCUAGGUCAUGUUCGAAUAUGGGUCAUGCAGGGUCAAAAACUGGGUCACAGGGUCACUUAGUGCAUUUCAAGCAUUUAGCAUGGUGUCCGCUCUCUAAUUGGAGUAGUUUUCAUCAAAUCUUCACCAAAUUUGGUCAGAAGUUGUGUCUAGACAAUAUAUAGGUCAAGUUCAAAUAUGGGUCAUGCCAGGUCAAAAACUAGAUCAUGAGGUCACUUAGUGCAUUUCAAGCAUUUAGCAUGGUGUCCGCUCUCUAAUUGAAGUAGUUUCCAUCUGAUGUUCACCAAACUUGGUCAAAAGUUGUGUCUAAAUGAUAUGUAGGUCAAGUUCAAAUAUGGGUCAUGGUAAAGUUAUCAAGUUGUCCACAACCUUCAAACGGGCGUAUCUUGUGACAGUUUGGCACUCUUGUUUGAAAGUUUAAACUUGUUCUGUUAAGUUUUAUGUAUAUGUAUCAUUUCCGAGCGUUCCAAUUUUAAGGUUACAUCUCACUUAAGAAUUGUGUAUUCCUGAGUGGUCGAAUAAAAAGUGUCUAUUUAUAAA